ACAUACACAGCCACACUGUGGGACGCGGCAGGUUGUGUUCGGUUCGUGUCUUCUCUGGAUUUAUUCCUCGUGUGGUACCGGUACCAAUAGGUACCGAAGGCACUUUGUCAGCUUACAGAAUACUAUACCACUUCUGAUACCGGCUGCUCUCGCGCCUCCUUAAUGAGACUCUUUGGAUUCCUUUUUGUCCAUCCUGACUCCUUGCAGCCAUGACCUGCUGACACUCUUCAUCCACCUGUGGACAGCACCUCCUCUUUUCUCCCUCCUCCGCUUCCCGCCAUGUUUGCUUCUCUUCUCCACUUCCUCUUCUCCUCCCUCUCACUCCUCCUGCUCUCUUCACCCCUCCUCUCUGCUCCGGCGGCGCCUCCUCCCCCCCUGGUGGCGGCAGGUGGCAGAGCGGUGUACCAAGUGUUUGACACCUCCCUCACCCACCUGACCGUCCACAAGAGGACGGGUGAGGUUUUUGUCGGAGCUGUCAACCGGGUCCUCAAACUGUCGGCCAACCUGACCGAGAUGAGGAGCCACAUGACCGGACCGGUGGAGGAUAACGCAAAGUGUUACCCACCGCCCAGCGUCAGGGCCUGCGCUCACCGCCUGGAGUCGCUGGACAACGUGAACAAGCUCCUCCUGGUGGACUAUCACGGGAACAGACUGGUGGCGUGUGGCUCCAUCUGGCAGGGCGUCUGUCAGUUUCUUCGGCUGGAGGACCUCUUCAAACUGGGGGAGCCUCACCACCGCAAAGAGCACUAUCUGUCUGGUGCCAGAGAGGCUGACGGAAUGGCAGGCGUAGUUGUUGGCGAGGACGACUGGACAAGCGACCCCAAGAAGAAGAAAGCAACGAAGGACGGCAGCCGUCUCUUCAUCGGCGCCGCCAUUGACGGAAAGUCUGAGUACUUUCCGACGCUGUCCAGCAGGAAGUUGGUGGCUGAUGAAGAGAGCGUCAACAUGUUCUCACUGGUCUACCAGGACGAGUUUGUCUCCUCUCAGAUCAAGAUCCCGUCUGACACGCUGUCCCUCUACCCGGCCUUUGACAUCUAUUACGUCUACGGCUUCUCCAGCCGCACCUAUGUCUACUUCCUGACUCUGCAGCUGGACACGCAGCUGACGCAGAUGGAUGCCGGCGGAGAAAAAUUCUUCACCUCCAAGAUUGUGAGGAUGUGCUCCAACGACACCGAAUUCUACUCUUACGUGGAAUUUCCUCUGGGAUGCACUAAGGACGGUGUAGAAUACCGACUGGUCCAGGCCGCUUACAAGCAGAAACCGGGACGACGCUUAGCUCAGGCACUGGGCCUGUCGGAGGACGACGACAUCCUGUUUGUCAUCUUCUCCCAGGGUCAGAAGAACCGCUCCAACCCGCCUAGAGAGACAGUCUUGUGUCUGUUCACACUGCAUGACAUCAACCUAGCCAUGAGGGAAAGAAUACGCUCAUGUUAUCGUGGCGAGGGACGACUUUCAUUACCGUGGUUACUCAACAAGGAGCUGCCCUGCAUUCAUACACCCAAGCAGAUCGGAGAUGACUUCUGUGGUCUGGUGUUAAAUCAGCCACUGGGGGGUCUGCGAGUCAUCGAGGGCAGCCCGUUGUUCGAGGACCGUACAGAGGGCAUGGGCGCGGUGGCGGCGUACACAUACGGCGAGCACACAGUGGUUUUUGUGGGAACACGCAGUGGCCAACUAAAGAAGAUCCGCGUAGAUGGAGUCCCGCCGCCUUCCUACAAUGCUUUGCUGUAUGAGACGGUGACCGUGGUGGAAGGCAAAUCCAUCCUGAGAGACAUGAUGUUUAGUCCAGAUCAGCUGUACAUCUACCUGCUCAGUGACAGACAGGUGAGCAGAUUUCCUGUGGAGACAUGUGAGCAGUAUCAGUCUUGUUCCGACUGUCUGUCCUCAGGAGACCCUCACUGUGGAUGGUGUGUCCUCUACAGCAAAUGUUCCAGACAGGAAGAAUGUGAAAAGUGGGCGGAGCCUCAACACUUCAACACCCAGCUAGAGCAGUGUGUCAACAUCUCUGUUACCCCUAGCAAUAUGUCUGUCACCGCACCCGCCACACAGCUGACCAUAUACGUGCACAAUGUGCCCAUGCUGUUGGGUGGGGUGUCCUGUGUCUUCGAGGACAUCAGCGAAACCCCGGCAGAGGUCAUGGCCAAAGAUCAGGUGACAUGCACUUCCCCAACGCUAAGAGACCUGCCGGCACAUUCUUACGGAGAGAAACGAGACGUCCAACUCAGUCUUCGAUCCAGUGAGACGGGACGCAACUUCAUCAGCACCAACCUGACCUUCUAUAAUUGCUCCGUGCUCAACUCGUGCACGUCCUGUGUGAGCAGCAUGUUUCCGUGUCAUUGGUGCAAAUAUCGUCAUAUGUGCACCAACAACCUAGAGGACUGCUCCUUCCUGGAGGGGCGGGUCAGCACUUCCCAGGGCUGUCCUCAGAUUGUACCCACGUCAGACAUCCUUGUUCCGGCCGGUCUGGUUCGUCCAAUCACGUUGCGAGCCCGUAACCUUCCUCAGCCUCAGUCGGGACAGAAGAACUACGAGUGUGUGUUCCACAUUCAAGGAAAAGUCCAACGUGUCCCGGCAGUUCGCUUCAACUCGUCCUGCAUCCAGUGUCAGAACACCUCGUACUGGUAUGAGGGCACAGAGGCCGCUGACCUUCCAGUGGACUUCAACAUCGUCUGGGAUGGGGACUUCUUGAUUGACAAGCCGGCGUCCAUGAAAGCGUUAUUGUACAAGUGCGAGGCGCAGCGCUCCAGCUGCGGUCAGUGCCUAAAAGCCCCACCCUCCUUCGAAUGCGGCUGGUGUGGCGAGAAUAGGAAGUGCGUGCUGCGUCAGCACUGCGCCGCGCCUGAGCACAGCUGGAUGCAUCACGGACGCCACAACGUGCGCUGUAGCCACCCGCGCAUCACCAAGAUUUCCCCACUGACGGGCCCUCGCGAGGGAGGUACCCUCGUGACCAUUGAGGGGGAGAACCUGGGCCUGCAGGUGAAGGAGAUUACGCAUGUUCAAGUGGCUGGCGUACGCUGUAACCCUGUCCCAUUGUUGUAUGUCAGCGCCGAGAGGGUGGUGUGUGACAUGGCGGAGGCAUUGCUGCCUCACUCUCCAGGCGGUUCUGUGGAGCUGUGUAUCGGCGUGUGCAGUGCCGAGUACCGCACCAUGUCCACUCAGACGUAUGCCUUUGUGAGUCCCAGUUUCAGCAGUGUAGGUCCAGAGAGAGGUCCAGUUUCCGGGGGAACCAGACUGACAGUGAAGGGUCGAAACCUGGACGCCGGCAGCAGUGUGUCCGUCUUCAUCGACAAAGACGAGUGUCUCUUUGUCAAACGCACCAAUCGAGAAGUAGUCUGCAUCACUCCUGCCUCCCCAUCCGGUGUAGGACCUGCCCCCAUCCGCCUGAUGAUUGACAAGGCGGAAGUGACCAGCUCUGAGACCAAAUACAUGUACACGGAGGACCCCACCAUCACUGCCAUCGAACCUAACUGGACCAUCCUCAAUGGCAGCACGGUGAUCACUGUUACAGGAACCAACCUGCUCACCAUACAGGAGCCCAAAAUCAGAGCGAAAUAUGGUGGCGUGGAGACCAACAAUUUCUGCACUGUGGUCAAUGACAGCGCCAUGACGUGUUUGGCUCCUGGACUGGUCUUCGGCAAAACAAAGCCACCAGAGGGGGGCCUGCGUGCUGACGAGUUUGGCUUCAUCUUGGAUCAGGUGUCUUCUCUGCUGGUGCUUAACUCCACCCCCUUCACACAUUACCCCAACCCUAUCUUUGACCCCCUGGGGACCUCUGGGAUUUUGGAGGUCAAACCAGGUUCACCCAUCAUCCUCAAGGGAAAGAACCUGGUCCCACCUGCCCCGGGCAACAGCCGUCUUAACUACACAGUCCUGAUUGGAGAGUCUCCAUGCUUGUUGACGGUUUCGGAACAUCAGCUGCUCUGUGAUUCGCCGGAACUGACGGGGGAGCAACGCGUGGUGAUCCUGGUGGGAGGUCUGGAAUUCUCCCCAGGAACACUGCACAUUUAUUCGGACAGCGCUCUCACAUUGCCCGCCAUCAUCGGCAUCGGAGUGGGCGGUGGCGUGCUGCUGGUGGCCAUCAUCGCUGUGCUCAUUGCCUACAAGAGGAAGACCCGCGACGCUGACCGCACGCUGAAACGUCUCCAGCUGCAGAUGGACAACCUUGAAAGCAGGGUGGCACUAGAGUGCAAGGAGGCAUUUGCAGAGCUGCAGACUGACAUUCAAGAGCUGACCAAUGACAUGGACGGAGUCAAGAUUCCCUUCUUGGAAUAUCGCACUUACACCAUGAGAGUCAUGUUCCCUGGAAUAGAAGAACAUCCCGUACUCAAGGAGCUGGACUCUCGAGCCAACGUGGAGAAAGCUCUGCGACUUUUCAGUCAGCUCCUCAACAACAAAAUGUUCCUGUUGACCUUCAUCCACACGCUGGAGGCUCAGCGCUCCUUCUCAAUGCGCGACCGUGGGAACGUGGCUUCGCUGCUAAUGGCCGCGCUGCAGGGUCGCAUGGAGUAUGCCACGGUGGUGCUCAAGCAGCUGCUGGCCGACCUGAUUGAGAAGAACUUGGAGAAUCGGAAUCAUCCCAAACUACUGCUGAGGAGGACAGAGUCUGUGGCUGAAAAGAUGCUGACCAACUGGUUCACUUUCCUCUUGUAUCGAUUCCUCAAGGAGUGUGCGGGGGAGCCUCUGUUCAUGUUGUACUGCGCCAUCAAGCAGCAGAUGGAGAAGGGUCCCAUUGACGCCAUCACGGGCGAAGCUCGUUACUCUUUGAGCGAGGACAAACUCAUCAGGCAGCAGAUUGACUACAAGCAGCUGACCUUGAUGUGCAUCCCUCCGGAGGGCGAGGCUGGUACAGAGGUGCCAGUCAAGGUGCUGAACUGCGACACGGUGACGCAGGUCAAGGACAAGCUGCUGGACGCCGUCUACAAAGGAAUUCCCUUCUCACAGCGACUGCAGGCCGACGACAUGGACCUCGAGUGGCGUCAAGGCCGACUGACCAGGAUCAUCCUGCAGGAUGAAGACGUGACCACCAAGAUCGAGAGCGACUGGAAGAGGCUUAACACACUGGCUCACUAUCAGGUAACAGACGGCUCCUUGGUGGCAUUGGUCCAGAAGCAGGUUUCUGCAUAUAACAUCGCUAACAGCUUCACUUUCACGAGAUCGUUAAGCAGAUAUGAGUCGUUACUGCGCACGUCCAGCAGUCCUGAUAGUUUGAGGUCCAGAGCACCCAUGAUCACUCCAGACCAGGAGACAGGAACAAAACUGUGGCACCUAGUCAAGAACCACGAGCACAGUGACCAGCGAGAAGGAGACCGAGGCAGCAAGAUGGUGUCUGAAAUCUACCUGACACGUCUGCUGGCCACCAAGGGGACACUACAGAAGUUUGUGGACGAUCUUUUUGAGACUGUCUUCAGCACGGCCCACCGCGGCUCCGCUCUACCUUUGGCCAUCAAAUACAUGUUUGACUUCCUGGACGAGCAGGCCGACAAACGCCAGAUCAGCGACCCGGACGUGCGGCACACCUGGAAGAGCAAUUGCCUUCCUCUCAGGUUCUGGGUCAAUGUCAUCAAGAACCCGCAGUUUGUGUUCGACAUCCACAAAAGUAGCAUCACGGACGCCUGCUUGUCGGUUGUCGCUCAGACCUUCAUGGACUCCUGUUCCACAUCCGAACACCGACUUGGAAAAGACUCCCCGUCCAACAAGCUGCUCUACGCUAAGGACAUCCCCAACUACAAGAGCUGGGUGGAGAGGUAUUACAGAGACAUUGCGAAAAUGCCGAGCAUCAGCGACCAGGACAUGGACGCUUACCUGGUGGAGCAGUCCCGUCUCCAUGGCAGCGAGUUUAAUACGCUGAGCGCGCUCAGUGAGCUUUACUUCUACAUCAACAAGUACAAAGAAGAGGUUGUGACGGCCCUGGAUCGCGAUGCCUACUGUCGCAAACACAAACUCCGUCACAAAUUGGAACAAGCCAUCAACUUGAUGUCAGGAAGCUGAGGAGACCUGGCCAUUGGACACUGGGCCUGGGGGCGGGGCCUUUUUUUUUAACUGCACCAAUCAAUCAACGUGUUAUUUAUUUGCCAAUCCAUCAUGGAGCCACUUGAGCGCUGGGCUGGCACCCAAUUGCCUUGUCUGGGGCCACCUUGGGGGGCGGGGUGGGGCAUCAGUCUAACCUCACCAUUGGCCAUGUGUAAAUAAGCACCAACCAGCAAGUGAUCAAUGGAUAAUCACGCCUGCUGAUUGUGUCUACAGUAUAACCCUGCCCAUUUUACAUGCCCCCUACCACCUCCCGCAGCCCUCACUGGUCAACUAUGCUGGUCAGUGAUUGGCCAGCAGACCUUGUACGUGUUUACUGCCUGACCUAUCUCGACUGCGGCGCCCCUUUCGGAACAUUCCAGCGCCGACUUGACCUGCCCCGCCCUUUUCAGGCGGGACGUCAGCCGCCAUGAUGUGAAUACUGUGCCCAGCAACCAGUGCCAUGGAAAGACCGGGACCAGCAGAGCAGGACCGGACUUGGACCAAAGCCGAGAUCAAAGAUCAAAGCUUAAUUGGACUCAAAGAAAACAAAACAGUAACGUUUACAUGAGUCAAAGAAGCUUCUGAUUGGUUCUAGGACAGGAAGGGAAGGAAAGCCACUACUGGACCAACACCACUGUGUGUGUGUGUGUGUGUGUGUGUGUGUGUGUGUGUGUGUGUGUGUGUGUGUGUGUGUGUGUGUGUGUGUGUGCGUACAUGCGUGCGUGCGCGCGUGUGUGUGUUGUGGCACAGCCCUUGACGUGCCACCAUUACUGUGGGGACGAAUGUCUUUUACGUGGAAAUUUUGACUUGUCCACACAACAAAACCACCCAUUAGAUUGUGUGUGUGUGUGUGUGUGUGUGUGUGUGUGUGUGCGUGCGUGUGUGCGUGCGCGUGCAGCAGACUGGACAUGCUUGUGGGAAGAGGGGCGGGGUCAGGUGUAAUUAGUGAAGUCACAAAUAAUCAGAACACACACGCACACACACACAUUUAAAGGGUAUUUAUUGAGGAUUUUGUUUUAUUUAAAUUAUUGUUUACACUUUUAUUUAUUGUGGGUGCCAACCAGCCAGUGUAUGACCUUUGACACUUGAUCCACGUACUUUUGCCGCCACGAUAAACGGGAAGUGAGGAGCAGACGAUGGGAUUUGUCCGACCCCGCCCACUGAACAUGACUUAGAAGGGGUGGGGUAGGCCCCUUGUAAAGACCCUCCCCCUGCAGACUUGUGACUGUAUCAUAGCAGCAGCCAAUCAGUCGAGUAGACAUCCACAUUAGAUUGUGUUGUGGCUCCGCCUCCUUUGGAAAAACAAGAGGCCGAGUCACACUGCAGGAUGUUGACAUUUGUCCAUGAUGUCAUCAAAAACAUUGAACGUGAAAACAUGUUUGACUUUGAAGUGUAACCAUGACGACUGCGUCCAUGUAAUAGCCUGUGUCUUUUUUUCUACAUUGCCAUUGCCUUUUGUUUGUACACUGUGACAUCACUGAAGUGUAAACAAUGCCUCACUU